CAUUACCAACUGUGUGAUAAAAAUGAAUGCUCUCUAUUGGAAAAGAACUUAAAUGACAUACUAAACUCUAUGAGAUAUAUUUUCUUUCAUCCUAAAUGUUGAUUAUGUAUGUAUUAUGAGAAGAAACUCUAAUAUUCAACUAUAUGAUUUAAUUAAACAACGAAUGACAAUUGGUUUAUUUAUUUCUUUUUUCAUUCAGUAAUUACAUGUAAUGCUUAUACCAUACUUUUUUUUAUAGAUGUCUAAACACAUUAUGCAUAGUUGGAUCACUUUUGUGCAUUAAGGUGCAAACAAUCAUUUCAUGCAUUUUAAAUCAUCUAUUAUAUCAUUUAUAUUAUAUAUCAUAUUUUUUGACAAAAUUCUCUUGGCCAACGGACCGGGUCCUAGUUUAUAUGGCGUUAAAAUGAAGAAAAUGUAAGUAGAAAUAAACAAAUAUGAUUUAAUCUACACGAUUAAGAAAAUGAAAUUCGAUUGGAAAUAGGGAUGGCAAUGGGUCGGGUUGGGGCGGGUUUGUCAAACCCAAACCCAUGGGUUUAUCUGCCAAAAAAACCCGGGGUAAAACCCGUUGGGUUUGAAAAACUCAAACCCAACCCAACCCGCUGGGUAUCCGCGGGUUCAUGGGUACCCGUGGGUUUUUGUGGUAAAAAUUUACAAUAACAAGUUUCUUUCAAAAUAAAAGUUUAACAUCAAUUUUCUCAUACAAAUUAAUCAUACAAAAAACACCAAUCUAGAGCAUACAAACAAACCGCAAAUGAUCAAUACAAAUUGUUCAAAAUUAAAGAUAAACAUAUAUAAACAAUAAGAUUAAUUGAAAACUUCUUCCUCGUCAACUAAGUUUCUUCACUCUCCACUUCAUAAUAUCAACUUCAUUCUAAACAAUUAGAAAAAACAAAUUAUAUAUGUCUCCACAAACAUAUAGAAUAUUAGUUGUUUAAGGAAGAUAUAUUAUUUAGAAUAUUAAAUAUACCGGGAAAGUAAUUAUAUGUGUGGGCGGGUACCCAUGUGGCGGGUUUACCUAAACCCAAACCCAACCCGACCCGAUGAAUAGUGUAGCGGGUUUAAACCCGAACCCGGCUCAAAACCCGUCAACACGGGUUUUACCCGCGUUGCCGGGUUGGGUCGGGUGGGUACCCGUGGGUUCGGGUUUUGUUGCCAUCCCUAAUUGGAAAGCAGUGCACUAUCCCAACUUCGGGUACACAACUUUUCCCGCCAACGGAACAAGUCGGACUUUCAGAAGGCUAAAGGGACGCUGAAAUUCCACACUUCAGUUUCCCAAAUUCUUACUUACUGCUCUUCUUCCCUCUCGGAACUCGAUUCGCGUCUCAUCGGAUUUGCUCCACUGACCGGCUCCUCCAAAUUGACCUCCUCCUCCUUCACCUCCACAGCAGUUUUCAUUUUCAAUCAAUCCCACCAAUAAGAUUAAGCAAGAAAGAAAUGGCGCUAGGGUUUCGCUGAAGAUCGGCGAGGGAAGAAAAGGCGCUUGGAGGGGAGAUCAAGGGCAAACUCCAAAGUCAUCUCGAUCCGCCAGUUGCAUCUUACCGGUCAGUCCAGCUUCAUUAUGGUUUGCCUCCAUCUCCCUGUUUUUUUUAAUCGACUUCUGUGCGUUUGAGUUAGGGUUGCGAUCAGCUUUGGUUCAGAACUAGAUUGAGAGCAUAUGUGAAUGGUUUGAUAUGUACUGUCUAUGCUCGUUGUAAGUCGACCGAGUUACGGUUAGUAAGUUUCGUUUCUAGUCAUUUUCAUGGCGGCUAUAGUGGGCUAGCGGUGGCUGAAAGUUUCAGCGAAAGCAGCAACUGCAGGCCCCCGAUAACAUCCUCCAAUGCCAGCUCUUCCUCUUUCAAGACUAUUGCUCUCUUCUGAAGGAUUGAUAGGCUCUUAACUCGCUAGUUAUGUUCCUUUUGCAGGAACAACAUUCUUUCCCCUGGUGCUCUAGCUCUGGAUUGUUGCUGAAACUGUAGCAACUUGACCAACUCUCAGCUAAGCUUUCUUUGCUAGGUAGAAGUCUGCCUGUACCAAAAUUCGCUUGACGGUCGACGACUUAGGAACUUUUGGUUGAUAACUGUAAGUGAUGGAUUCCUCAGGAAAAUAAUAUAACACUACUAGGCUUGGGGGAGUCACUAUUGCACUACCUUGAUAUUUUUCGUAUCACUUUCCAAUUGUUUUCUUGUGGGGGUUCUUGUACUACGAUGGUGAAGCCGAUGAGACGUUGCAAUAGUGAUGCUGGAAGCCCUGAACCCGAGAACUUGACUGGAAAAGCAAAGAAGGCUAGUGCCAAAAAACGUUAUGUUCCCCAAAAGAAUUCCGUAGCAUAUGCAUUACUGAUCACACUUUACAGGGGGACUACAAAUGGCGAGGAGUUUAUGCGUAAGCAGGAGCUGAUCGAUGCAGCUGAAGCAAGUGGACUUUCUCGGGUGCCAAUAGCUCCAGAAAAGGGAAAAGGGAAGCCAACACGAUUUGGAAGUUCCCCAAGGGACUUGUACUCCGGAUGGAGCUGCAUGAAGACAUUGAUAGCCAAAGAAUUAGUCGUCAAAUCGAGUUGCCCUGCAAAGUACACAAUAACACAGGAAGGACAAGACGUAGCGAGGGAAUGUCUGGUGAGAUCUCGCCUGCUGGACCCUAUGGAGACUUCAGCUCAUGCAAAGGAUUCUUCAAAUUUGGACAUUCGCAAUACAGCAGAUAAGGAAUCGAUUCAGCCUACUUCAUCUCCUGAAGUUACUAUUCUAUCUGUGAACUUGACUCAACAGGAGAGAUCUUUUGAUCUUCCUCCUCAAUCCUUUGAAAAGUUUCUGCAUAUGGGUUAUUCCAAGGAACAAGUUUUUGAUGCCUUCAUUGAAGUGUCGAGAACUUCUGGUCAGAAGGAUAUCUCUUCACUCUGGCCAGCGGUCCUGUGUCGUCUUCGAGAAGAACAAACUUAUGGCCCAAACUCAGAGUCUCAAACCCUGGGAAAUGAUUGCCAAGCAGAAUCAACUACUCCAACUUAUUCCCAAGGUCAGGUUGGUACUUGUGGCAGUCGAAGUAGUCAAAUGGAUUGGGAUCGCAGUAAUAAUGUCGAUGCUUGUUCUACAACUGCCUCAUUAAAUCUGCAAGCUUGCUCAUCAAAUGACUGUACAAAGAAAUUGUCAAGUUCUGAGGUCGCUCAACAAAACAUGAGUGUUUUAAGCAUGCCUCCUCUUGGCGUUGGGGAGAGGUUUGAGGAUUUGUAUGAAGUCCUCCUUGUAUUAGAUGACCGUGAGCAGUUUGCAACCCAUGGGUCAAGAGGCAAGAAACUUAUUGAUGGGAUGUGCAAGGAGCACAGAAUAAAAGUAGAGGUCAGGCGGUUACCAGUUGGGGAUGCAAUCUGGCUAGCUCACCACAAGUAUCAUUUUGAUGAAUACGUUCUUGAUUUCGUUGUCGAGCGGAAAAAUGUUGACGAUUUGCGGUCAUCGAUUAGGGAACAUCGCUAUAGAGACCAGAAGUUGAGGCUUCAGAGAUGUGGGCUUAAGAAGCUGAUGUAUCUGGUUGAAGGCGAUCCCAACUCUUGUGAGGGAGCUGAUAGCAUAAAAACAGCUUGUUUUACGACAGAGAUUCUGGAGGGCUUUGAUAUCCAGAGAACUACCAGUUUACUUGAUACACUGAAGAAGUACGGCUAUCUCACCAAGUCCAUUUCUCGAUAUUACCGGUUGCUGUCAACUUGUGAUCGAUCCCAGCAGCGUGGUACCUGCCCACUCUAUCGCGAUUUCGUCAAGAGGUGUGAAGAACUUGACAAGAUGACCAUCAGUGAUGUGUUUGCUAAUCAGCUGAUGCAGGUUUCGCAAGUGACGGAGGAGGCUGCCAUGGCUGUUCUUGAUCUGUACCCGACGCUCCUCUCUCUUGCUCGGGCCUAUUCGUCUCUUUACGGUGACUUCCAUGCACAAGAGAACAUGCUCAGGAAGCAGAGCAACGACAUUGUAACUCCAGCUGCUAGCAGGAACAUCUUCCAGUUCGUAUGUGGAGAAUGAUCGGUUGACCAAAGUGUGGAAUCUCAAUGGUGGUUAAGUUUAAGAAUUACCAUGGACUAGUUUAGACAGACCAUUGAAGAGAAGUAAUGGCUCAAGUUGUAAGUACGAAAGAACGCCUAGUCUUUAUUGUGGUGGCCAGAGCAGCUCUGAUUUUUAACGUACGCCGCUUUGAUAGUUUUUUUUUUCCUGAAUCGUUAUUCGUCGUCCUAAAAUUCAAAUUUUAUUGUCCUAAAACGCUCUAAAUUGAGAUAUUUACCCCUUGAUAAAAUUUAUAUUAUCUUUAAACCAAACAAUUGCAGAGACACAUUUGGUCACUAAAAUUACUAAAUUGUGUCAUGUUUAGUCACUAUAAAAUUUUAAUAUCAAUUUUGGUCACUCGAAUUACUAAAACAGGUCACAUUUAGUCAUUCUCUGUUAGCCUCCGUCCAACUCCAGUCACUCGAAUUAUUGAAACAUGUGACAUUUAGUCACUCUCCCGUUAGUUUCCGUCCAAAUCCAUUAAUGAAGUUGGACUGAAAGUACUGAGAGAGUGACUAAAUGUGAUCUGUUCCAGUAAUUCGAGUGACCAAAUUGAUAUUAAAAUUUUCUAGUGACUAAACAUGACAUGAUUUAGUAAUCUCAGUGACCAAAUGUGGCAUUUAUCCGGGUUUUUUUUUCUCCCAAAGGGGCGUAAAACAGUAUCAUUAUAUUGGAAAAUCCGUAGUAAGAAAUUUUAUGCUCAAAUUGAAGUUUAGUCAUGGUUUAACAGUUUCAUAGAGCUAAAAAUUGAUUUAUACUUCGAUAGAAGGUUCUCUCAGUCGGACCACGAAUACGAUUUCACGUAGUGCAUGCAUAGUACAAUGCCUUGAAACUAGAGGUGUCAAUCGGGCGGGUUCGGGCUGGGUUCAUUCGGGUUGCGGGUUGGUCGGGUUACGGGUCGAUCGGGUUGCGGGUUGGUCGGGUUGCGGGUUACUCGGGUUGCGGGUUGGUCGGGUUACGGGUCGAUCGGGUUGCGGGUUGGUCGGGUUGCGGGUUACUCGGGUUGCGGGUCAAUCGGGUUGCGGGCCAAUCGGGUUACGGGUCAAUCGGGUGCGGGUCAAUCGGGUUGCGGAUCGGGUCGGACGGGUUACGGGUUUUACGGACCAGAACAUCGCGUUACACUACAAGAAAAAGGUACUUUAAUCACCGGAAAUCCCGUAUUUAAAAGCAUGUUUCCUGUGACUAAUAAUUCUAGUCACGGAAAAAUUACCAUAAUAUAAACCUCCGUGACUAAUGGUGUACCGUGACUAGUUAUAUGUACCGUGAUUAAUCACUUCCCAUGACUAGUUGUCAAUCACUAAUCAUGAUAUUUACUACUUGUGAUUGGAUCCCCCGUGACUAGAUACUAACCACUAGUCACAGUAUUUGACUAAAGCUAAUUACAACCACCAGUCCACCAGUCACGGUAUACAAUAUCUAUAAGAGAUUAGCUAUUAAUUUUUGUCAUUACUAAUUACAACCAAUAACAAAAUCUCUUGCCAUCAAGUAAGAACAAAAAAAUAUUAUUAUCAUCAAUCAGAAGUUUCAGAUAUUAUAUAAAUAAUUCUAUAAUAUUACAAUAUAUAUCAUAGUAAUAAAUAGUUCUCCUCCAUAAACUAACUAAUAAUUACUUUUAUUGUAUUGUAUUACAAACAACAUUAAGAUUGUCUAUCUAGAGUUAACUUUUGGAAUUUUAUCUUUCUAGCAAAAAAAAAAAAAAGGGUCAUGGACUUCAUCUGAAGCAUCCUGCUGGCUGCUGUUGUACUUGUAUCUGCCAAGAACAACAAUAAAAAUUUCAGCCCUCAAUGACAAGUCAAUUAAACCCAACAUGGAUAAAGAAGCUGGAAACUUAAACAGAGACUUAAAAAGACUUACUCAAAUUGUUCAUAAAGUAGGGACUACGUACACACUUCAUAGCCUCUAAAGUGUUGCUCCUAUUGUAGUUGUUCCUAUAAAUAGAAUGAACAAGCCAGUUACCA